CGAAGCUGUGCUGUGAAAUGGAUUAUUGUCAUGAUUUGUGUGUCAGUGUAACACUUGUAAAAGAGACAGAAGCAGCAGCCAGGGACUCUCCGACAGUGAGCAUCACAGGAUCUGGACAACUGAACUGAUCUCUACCAGCUACAGGACAGAGAUCUCUCCAGACUAUGGCUUCACAACAAGCAGUGUGUCUUUUACUUUAUGGACAAGCCCAAGUAAAUCUUUAACACUUCCUGUCUUAGUGUUCUUUCACUACCACAACCUUCCCUUUUCUCUCUCGUCUUCAAUUUGUGAGUAUCCUAAAUUGUGUCUGUGAAAAUGGACGGCACUGAGCCGAUUCAUUCCAGUCUCAAUUCCGCCUAUGUUCCGACUGCUCUUGGCAACCACCAUGAAUCUGAGGACGAGGAGAGCGAGGACCAGGGUCUCACUGAGUCACUCCUCCCCAAACAUUCCUCCAUGCCUCUGGCCAUGCGCUACAGUCCACAGGACUCUUACUGUUUGGUGUAUAUCAUCUUCUUUCUGAUGGGCAUCGGCUCCCUGCUGCCCUGGAACUUCUUCGUAACAGCCAAACUCUACUGGUACUACAAACUGAGUAACAACAACAGCAGCAAUGAGGAGCAAAGUUCAAACCUCAGCGUCUACUUCGAAAGCUAUCUGUCCGUUGCCUCCUCGGUGCCCUCUGUGCUGUGUCUGAUACUCAACUAUGUCCUAGUUAACAGGGUGUCUUCAAACGUGCGGAUCCUGUCGUCUCUUUUCGUGAUCCUCUUUGUGUUUGUGGGGACCACGGUGCUGGUGAAGGUGGACACGACAGACUACACGACGGCGUUCUUUUUUGGCACGCUGGCCAGUGUGGCUGUCAUCAGCGGAGCCUCGAACCUCUUCACUGGCAGCAUGUUUGGCAUCAGUGGGCAUUUCCCCAUGAGGAUUUCUCAGGCUCUUAUAUCAGGUCAGGCCAUGGGAGGCACGUUGAGUGCAAUAGCAUCAAUAGUGGACCUGUCAGUGGCGAAGGACGUGACAGACAGCGCUCUAGUGUAUUUCCUGACAGCCGACGUCUUCAUCCUGCUCUGCAUCAUCAUAUAUCUGCUGCUGCCCAAGCUGGCAUAUUCAAGGUACUACAUGGAGGCAGCAGCGUGCACCAGCUCAGGAGGGAUGAGCGAGGGGGAAGCAGCAGCAGGCACAGGGAGCAGAGGAUCCGUUCCACCGCUGAAGGCUAUCCUCAGGAAGACGUGGGUGCUCGGCCUGAGCGUCUUCUUCGUCUUCACUAUCUCUAUCAUGAUGUUCCCUGCGGUGUCCUCGGGAAUCCAGUCCGUCGACAAAGACAGCGGCAGCCCCUGGACAACCACGUACUUCGUGCCCCUCACCAGUUUCCUCCUGUACAACGUUGCAGACUUCUGCGGCAGGCAGGCCACAGCCUGGCUGCAGGUCCCCGGUCCCACCAGCCGAGUCCUGCCGGUACUGGUGCUGUGUCGCUCUGUCAUGGUGCCACUUCUCAUGUUCUGUAACUACCAGCCAAGGUUCCACCUCAAAACUGUGCUUUUCAACCAUGACGUGUACCCUGUGGUCUUUAACUGCCUGCUAGGCCUCACCAAUGGCUACCUAGGAACUCUGCCAAUGAUCUAUGGCCCUAAGGUCGUACCUCGAGAGCUGGCAGAGGCCACGGGAGUGGUCAUGUCCUUCUUCCUCACUCUGGGAUUGGCUGUGGGAUCUGCGUUCUCUGUGCUUCUUGUGCACUCUAUCUGACCAGGUUGUUGUGCAAUAACCUAGUAAUUUACUGCGGCAUUGUUGAGCUAUACAGCAGACAUUAGCUGGACAGUACAGUCUGAUGAAUACCAGAACCUCAAACCACUGGGAUGCUAAGUGCACCAGUAAAGCCAGGUGUCUGCCAUGAGGGAAAAGUGCUGAUAAGCUUCUCAUUUCCACUCUUAAUCCAAAAGCCUCAACUACUUCAUACGUCACAUUAAUAUGUGUUGUGUUUACACUGAUGGCUCAUGAUGUGUGAGUUUCUGCCAAGGACUUGGUCUCUACAUUUAAAGAUCAGGAAGUGGCUCUCCAAGCAAGAUAAGCAAUCAUUGCAGUCCAUAAGGGAUAUCUCAUUAAACAUUUUUUUUUUUUUUUAAAUAUUGCAAAACAUACAUUAUGUGCACAUUUAUUUGGUUCAAGGGGUGAAAAUGUCUGGUACAUAAGUUGUUAUGCAGGGGAUGCUAGAUAUUAUUUUAGUUCAACUGUUAUAUAAUAUGCAGGUGGCAAAGACGCACCACAUUUUAAUGAGGGAUACAGCUGGUACAUGAAACAUGCUGAUUGUUGAUGGGUGGUUGAUUCAUGUCUGCAGUCUGUAAACUUUGUAACUGAACUUGAUCAGACUUUAUAAACUGAAUAUUUCCAGUAA